AUGAAUAUUAAUAACAACGAAAAUAAUGAGAAAACUAACUUCCCGAAUUAUGAAAAGGCAGUAAACGAAUUUCUGUCUGACAUUGAAAUACAAUUAAUCAGUAGCAAAAAUACGUUAUUCACCAUAAAAAGAUUCCUCGCAGCAACUAACUCCAAUGAACCCGAAAUGAUCAAAUACCUAAUAAAUCACAAUUAUCAACCUCCGCAAAAUCAAGUAAUUCUUGGCGUAUUCUAUUUAAAAAAGAACAAAAAGCGAAAAUCCUUCGAAGAAUUUAAGAAAGCAGCCGAGUCAAAUAAUCCUCACGGACAAUAUCUCCUCGGGUACUGCUAUAGUGAAGGAAUCGGUGUACUUGACAAAGAAGCCGCAGUUUAUUGGAAACAACAAGCGGCAAAACAACGGGUCCCAUCUGCUUGUUAUUAUCUAGCAUGCCAUUAUCAUUAUGGACAUGGGAUUAAAAAGAGUGAAUUAAAUUAUUAUUAUCUUUUGCAUAAGGCGGCGGAACGUGGACAUCUUCGCGCUACGUUAGAGCUUGCCAAUGCGUAUAAUCGAGGCUUUGGCACUUUAAGGGAUAAACAUAAAUCCCUUUAUUGGCUGAGUAAAGUAGCAAAUGAUUUUGUAGCUGUGAAUUAUAUGUAUGCAAUUUUUAAUUAG